AUGGCGCUCCAUCGAUCGCAACUCGUGCAAGGUUUCCAGCUCGUCACUCGAUCCUUAUCACGAUCUUUUCACUGGACUACCAGCUCUCUAGCUUCACCUGCUGCUGCAUUUCAAUCCCCAGCCCUCGAUGCAUCUUCUAAGCCAAGAACGAAGCUUCGUAAGAAACAGGCUCGUCUGAUCAAUUUGCCUGUAUUUUGGCCAAUCACGGGCGUUUCGGAGCCCCCUCAGUUACGACCACAUGAAGUGGAUACUGUCAACCGGCUGUUUCGCGUAGAAAGUACAUUGAUCACGUCAACGUCGGAUCCGACCGACCUUCCCGAGUGGAACGUUCCUGAAAUAACAUUUGCCGGUCGGUCGAACGCCGGCAAAUCGUCCCUUAUCAACGCAUUGACCGGUCAGAGGACACUUAUGAGGACAUCCAAGAUGCCCGGACGGACACAACAGUUGCAUUUUAUCAGUGUGGGGGGGAAAAAGGGCAGUUUGCCGGAACUGGCUCUUGUGGACAUGCCUGGCUUUGGCUUUGCCACGGCCCCGAAAAAGGUCGUGGACGAGUGGCACACACUCGUUGGCGGUUAUGUGGACACUCGACGUGGCAACAAUCUCAAGACGACCAUGCUGCUGAUUGAUGCCCGACGAGGUCUGGGUCCAGCUGAUCAUGACUUUAUGGACCUUUUGCACGAAUUGGGAGCGCUGUACCAGGUGGUGUUUACCAAGGUGGACACUGUAAAUCGGACAGCGCUCGAAAAACAGAUUCACAAGGCACAGGAUGUGGCACUGAGUGCCAAGCGAAUGAGUAUGAACCCGAUCAUCCAAGUGACUAGUGUCAAGGAAGGAUUUGGGAUUAAGGAGCUGCAGCGUCAACUUGUGAGUAUGACAGGGCUGUUAGCGUCGGAUUAA